ACUCGCUGUACCCCAAUGGGGUAACGUGACAAAGGCCCCGCUCAGAGCCGCCCACCUGCCCACCACGGCCACCGCCGCCUGUGACCCCACCACCCCAAGGCUGCCCUGUUGGUUCAGUUCAAGUUCGUUUUUCUUUUGGUCCUUGGCGAUUUGGGGCCUGCCUUUGAGUGAAGGCGGCCGUUUCCCCGUCCCCCGAUGCAGAGACGGCGUCCCCGGCGACAGGCUCAGCGCUGGACACGGCCACGGCGGCCGGAUUCACUUCGGGCUUUUUAAGGUUUCUUUGCUGGGUUGUGGUUGUUUUUCCCUUUUGCCCCCUUGUAAUUGUCCAGCUCUGAGAGGCAGGAGCUUGGACUGGUCUUACUUUUGGGGGGCGAUUUUGUUUCUUUUGUUUUUUAAAGCCUUGGGUUUUCCUUUUUAAUUACCCGCAUUCCGGGCAGCAUCCUCCCCCCUCCAAGUAUUUGCACAAUAUUUGUGCGGGGUUUUGGGGGGCAGGUUUUUUAAAAAAGCAUUUCCUCUCUCGGACAAGCACAGGGAUUUUGUUCUCCUUGGGUUUUGGGGGGCUGGUGAGGCCUCUCCUCCGUGUCCCCGGCCCUGCCCGCAGCCCCUUCCUGGGCGCCGCCUGGCUUCGGGAGGAGCCAUGGCGCGGAUGAACCGGCCCGCCCCCGUGGAGGUGAGCUACAAGCACAUGCGUUUCCUCAUCACUCACAACCCCACCAACGCCACCCUCAGCACCUUCAUCCAGGACCUGAAGAGGUACGGGGCCACCACUGUGGUGCGUGUGUGCGAAGUGACCUACGACAAGGCCCCGCUGGAGAGGGAUGGCAUCACCGUCGUGGACUGGCCGUUUGACGAUGGGGCGCCCCCGCCUGGCAAGGUGGUGGAGGACUGGCUGAGCUUGCUGAAGACCAAGUUCUGUGAUGACCCUGGCAGCUGCGUGGCCGUGCACUGUGUGGCCGGCCUGGGACGGGCUCCGGUCCUCGUGGCGCUGGCCCUCAUUGAGAGCGGGAUGAAGUAUGAGGAUGCCAUCCAGUUCAUCCGACAGAAGCGACGAGGAGCCAUCAACAGCAAACAGCUCACCUAUCUGGAAAAGUACCGGCCGAAGCAGAGGCUGCGGUUCAAGGACCCACACGCGCACAAGACCCGGUGCUGCGUCAUGUAGCUCAGGACCCGGACGCCUCGCCCUGGGGGCUCAGCAGCGCUCCCGAGCCUCCAGCUCUCCUUCUCUCCUGCCACUCGGCACACCCGCCAUUGACGGGUCCUGCUCGCCCCCGUUCCGUGCCAUCUCCUUCUGUCUGUUCC